CUGCUGGCCUGGUCAGAGAAAACGCAGGCUCUGACAUCUCAUUUUCCCCAUAUUUUUUCCAGAGGCCCUGGAAGUCCCACUCCAUCCAUUUAAUUUAGCAGAGGUGGCAGCUGGGCGGUCCCUGGCUGGAUGCAGCCCCGGCCAGAUUUUGUUUGGCCCAGUAGUGUUCUGAGAGGCAGGCCAUUUCUGAUCUGACUUCCUGUAGAUCUUCCAGUCCCCAGUGAGUCUUCCCCAGGGCAAGGCUCUGCUGUUCCAGGGCCAGGCAUGCUGCUUUCCCCUCCUGCCCAGCUUCUAGAGCCAUCUGAGUCUCAGAUCUUGGAUUAGAGACCAAAAGGACAAAGAAAGAAUAAUCGUCUGGGGGAAGAAAAAGUGCCCGCUGCUGAGACCAUGGCUGCACAAGGGACAGAGGCCCAUGAGGACAUCACAGUGGCCCCGGAGGAACCAGUACAGCAGCCCCGCGUGGUGGACCGCGUGACCAACCUGCCGCUCAUCAGCUCCACCUGCGACAUGGUGUCAGCCGCCUACGCCUCCACCAAGGACAGCCACCCCCACGUGAGGACCGUGUGUGACGCGGCGGAGAAGGGCGUGAGGACCCUCACAGCGGCCGCGGUCAGCGGGGCGCAGCCCAUCCUGUCUCGGCUGGAGCCUCAGCUGGCUUCAGCCAGCGAAUAUGCCCACCGGGGGCUGGACAAGCUGGAGGAGAACCUGCCCAUCCUGCAGCAGCCCACGGAAAAGGUCCUGGCGGACACCAAAGAGCUCGUGUCGGCAAAGGUAUCAGAGGCCCGAGACGCGGUGUCCCACACCGUGUCGAGCGCCAAGGACUCCGUGGCCACCCGCGUGGCGGGCGCGGUGGACGUGACCCGCGGGGCUGUGCAGAGCGGGGUGGACAUGACCAAGUCGGCGGUGACCAGUGGCGUCCAGUCGGUCAUAGAGUCGCGCGUAGGGCAGAUGGUGCUGAGCGGGGCGGAGACCGUGCUGGGCAAGUCGGAGGCCUGGGCCGACAACCACCUGCCCAUGACGAAUGCGGAGCUGGCACGGCUCGCCACGUCCCUGGAGGGCUUUGACGUGGCCUCGGUGCAGCAGCAGCGACAAGAACAGAGCUACUUCGUGCGCCUCGGUGCGCUGUCUGAGCGCAUGCGCCAGCACGCCUACGAGCACUCCCUGGCGAAGCUACGCAGCACCAAGGAGCGCGCACAGGCGGCGCUGCAGCAGCUGGCGCAUGCGCUCAGUCUGAUGGAAACCGUCAAGGGGGGAGUGGACCGGAAGCUGCUGGAGGGGCAGGAGAAGCUGCACCAGAUGUGGCUGAGUUGGAACCAGAAAGCAUCUCAGGGCACAGAGGACCCAGCCGCGCCAGAGGUGGAGUCGCGGGCACUGGCCAUGUGCCGCGAGGUGGCGCAGCAGCUGCAGAGCACGUGCGUGUCCCUGGGCGCCAGCAUCCAGGGGCUGCCCGCGCACGUGAAGGACCAGGCCCAGCAGGCGCGCCGCCUCGUCGAGGACCUGCAGGCCACCUUCGCCGGCGCCCGCUCCUUCCAGGACCUGCCCGCCAGCGUCCUCGAGCAGAGCCGCCAGCGCGUGGCCCGGGCGCGCGAGGCCCUGGAGCGCAUGGUGGAGUCGGUGGCCCAGAACGCGCCGGUCACAUGGCUGGUGGGGCCCUUCGCCCCGGGCAUCACCGAGAAAGCCCCAGGCGAGGAGAAGUAGGCGGAGGGCGUGGCCGUGUCUCCCCCCCCCCCCCCGGCAGCAUGGCUGCGCACUCC